AUGGGUCGGGAGUGUCGGGAAUGUGUGUCCCGGGUGCCUUAUGCAACCCUCAUCGCCACCAUCUUGUGCUGCGUAGGAGUAGGGGUCUUCUGUGGCACCAUGUACCGAGGCUCCACCCUCUGCAUUCGCAUGUUCCAGGACGUCUUCAAGAUUCAUGUCAAGUUGGAGCCGGUACAUUUGGUAUUCAUGAUCAUUGGUGCGGCAAUGGGUGUCCUGGGUAUCAUCCUCCUGUUGGUGGGAUGUCUUGCCACAGGGGAAACCAGGUCCAGUGUCUAUCGAGCUGACAAAGCACGAGUCGGCGGACGCAUUUGUGGUGCCGUGUUUAUGGGUAUCGUCUACGUCCUGAACCUGGUGUGGCUGUUGAUGCUCUGCUGUCUCGUGAUCAUCACAAGCACUUUCACUGUUUUCUGGGCCAUCUGCUCUUCCGAUCGUAUCCUUGUUCACGAUCGAUGCAUUGACUUCACUCAAUUUGGCUUCAUGUUCCCGAACGCAACACACGAUGACCAGAUGACGAUUUGUGACCCUGGAGAGAAAAAGCUGUUCUGUAAGGAUUACGUGGAGAAUGCUGAGGUCAUGUUCAUCCUGGCUACGGUUUCUUGUGUCAUUGUCAUUCUCAGCCUGGUUCAUUACCUCAUGUGCCUGGCUGCAAAUUAUGCUCACAUCAAAGACAGUGAAAAGUUCCGAGACCUGGAGGAGAUGCAGCGGUUGCAAGAUGCAGAAAUGACUGGGCUGUUCAACCAAUGCAAGCAAUCUGUAAUGGAAGAGAGCUGUCAUGACAUGAAAGGAAGCCUCACCUUGGAAGCCUAUCAAGCUAAGGAGGACCUUAAAUCAUAUGUUUCCCUCUUGAAGUCACUGGGUCUGACAAAAGAGGAGGUGUCUUUGAAACUAUCAGAUGAAGGUGUUGUGGAUGACUGGGGCUUAUUUAAGAGAAGGAAAUGUGAUCCAGAAGCCAUUGUGUAUCUGAGGGCUACCAUCAAGAAGAAACUUGAAGCCAACCAGACUCCUUAUUACACCCCAAUAGUCUCAACUUCACAGCCUGAAGGGAAGGGGCCAUGUCAAGCCUAUCCAGAAGGCCAUCCAAUGAACAAUAUUAAGAAAAUGGAAGAAGAAUUCCUUAAGCAAUGUGAAAAAAAAAUAGCUGAACAAAAAGCUUCAGGAGAAAGUUGUCAUAAUAGAUGGGAAGAUCCUGUACACCCCCUCAAAAAGAAGCAAUCAUUAUGGGAUGUCAGGGAUAUGGCCAUGAAUUCUGGAACAACAAAAUGCAAAGUGGUAAAGGACAGACCACUCCUUCCUCCUCCUCUAAAGCAGUUCACACUCGUGGAUGGGAAAAUUUUGUCUUUGGAUGAAGCCAGAAAACACCGGCUGGCCCCACAAAGGAAGAAAGAUUUUCUUAAAUCAUAUGGAAAAGAGAUGGUCAUACCAAGUGUUGAGAAUCUACCUUGGAAACUAAGCAAAGAAGACUUGCAAAAGAGUUCUCUCACAUUGGAGGAAAUAAGAGCUCUACCCAAAUUCUCCAACCAUAACAUUGGAGACCCUUCAGAGGUUUUAUAUGUGAAGAAUUUGGCAAGCACAGCCAUGGUUGAAGAUCUAGCUGGUGUCUUCAGCUGCUUUGAAAGACCAGAAAAAGGACGAAUCACCUACAAGAUGAUGGGAGGAAGAAUGCAUGGCCAAGCGUAUAGCACGGAGGCAUUUGGGGUGGAUUCACCCCUCCUGGAUCAUCCAACUAUGACUGAAUCUGCUGUAGUUGUCUCUGACCAUAGUCAUGGUUAUGAAGGCAUUUGUUGGAGGAAUCUACAAAAUUUCCUCAACUUGAAGAUGGGGCCUCCAGAAUUAGUUAGGAUAAUAAGUCAUCAGUCCUCCAAGUAUCUUGAGAUUAUUGCCACCUUGCAAGCUCCUACAAGUCUCUCCAACAGUAUGGGUUGGCUUGACUUUGACUUCCUGUUAUCAAGAGCAUACCCCCUGAAACACUGUUAUGACUCUUUGAGCCAUGAGUCCUCCCAGCUAUUCUUCACAUCUGGAACUACCGGGAUGCCUAAGAUCACUGUUCACUCUCAAGUCAGCUAUGGUGUUGGACACUGGUGCACUGGAAAGCUCUUCUGUGACUUGUCUCAAGCAGAUGUGUUUUGGAACUUGGCUGAUACGGGAUGGGCAAAAUCUGCAUACUCCAGCAUCUUUGGCCCAUGGAUUUGUGGGGCUACAGUCUUUGUUCAUGCUAUGCCACAGUUUGAUGAAAGCAUGAUGCUGCAAACUUUGAUGAACUAUCCAAUCAAUGUCUUGUGUGCCCCACCAACUGCAUUUCGCAUGGUCAUUCAGCAAGAUCUGAAAAAGUACCAUUUUCCUACUCUUAGACAUUGUGUCACUGGAGGAGAACCUCUUAACUGGGAGGUCCAACAGAGGUGGAAGGAAAGCUUAGGUUUUGAAAUGAAGGAAGGGUAUGGACAAACUGAGACAGUACUCUGUUGUGGCACCACCAAGGACAUGGAGAGCCGAGAGGGAUCCAUGGGCAAGUCCAUCUAUGGAUAUGAUGUAAAGCACAGGCAUCUCAUGGCAUCAUUGCCAGGAUAUUUGGAUGAUCCAGUGAGGACAAGAGCUGCUUAUCGGGGGAACUUCUAUCUGACUGGAGACAAGGCAUAUUGUGAUGAAGAUGGUUAUAUCUUCUUCAUUGGAAGAGCUGAUGAUGUUAUCAUUUCUUCAGGUUACCGAAUAGGACCAUUUGAAGUGGAGUCAGCCCUUUUGGAGCACCCAGCUGUGGCUGAAUCAGCUGUUGUUGCAUCUCCAGACCUAACUCGAGGAGAGAUUGUCAAAGCAUUUGUUGUGCUCACUCAGAAUUAUGUAGGCUCUAUCCAGUCCCCUCUACAAAAAGAUGACCUAAUCCGUGACCUUCAGAAUCACGUCAAGAAGGUCACUGCACCUUACAAGUAUCCACGCAAAAUUGAAUUUGUGGAGAGCCUUCCAAAGACAGUUAGUGGAAAGAUCCGGCGUGUGGAACUGAGGAAAAAGGAAUUUGGCCAAGGGUGAAGCAAAGUGUGCAUUAUAGGGUGGACACAAAGGAUUGGAUGGAUUUCAAAAUUUUUUAUUUGCAUAGGAAACAUUGCAGAAUGAAGCAUACAUUGGAUUAUAGCCUACAAUCUCAAGUAUUUUCUUACCAGUACUUUCAUGUGGCUUUUGAUCAUCCCGUGGUCAGCUGAUUCCAUUAUUUGCUAUGGCAACUCACCUUAAGAAAAGACCUUAGUUGUGGUGUGUUUCUUUGAGUUCAGCUAGUUGACAGUUUUCAAAGCCCUACUUGAAGAGAAAGAUGUGCCUGAAAAUGCAUUUUUUUCAAGAUGGGCCUACCCCACCCCCAGAUUUUGCAGUUUUUCAUCCACAAAUACCUGAACAAUAUAAAAAAUAGUUAACUUCCAUUGGUCCCCAAGGUCACCUAACCUUACCCCAAGGUUUUUUUUUCCCUGUUGGAGUCAUAAAAUCAGUUGUGUACAGUGUGAAAGUUACAAACUUUUACUUCAUCUCAAGAGAAAAUUACUCAGACUUUUCCAGAAAUACCAAAAAGCCAUUCAUAUAAUCCACUAUUUCCCCAAAAAUGUUUCACUGAUGGAGGAAAUCAUGCCGAAACAUAGAUAAAGUAAACCCAAUAAAAAUCAACUUAAGACCAUAGACUAUAAUACAAUGUGUUCCAUCAUCCUGCUGCAUUACCUGCCCCAAUAAGUUUUUUUUGUUAUUCAUCCAAUCUUUUAUGUCCACAUUGUACUAGUAAUGUAUUAGCAUUAAUUACAUUCCUUUGCUUGAGAAUCAUCAAUUCACAUCUCUUACAUCCUUGUUUAUAAGAAUUGCCUGGGAGCUUCUACCUUGUCCCCCCCCCC